UGGAAAUAGACAGUAGCCUGACUGCGCGUUUCGCUACCAUAGCCGGGAUGCGCUCUUACAAGUGCAACUUUGCCGUGUUGCCCUUUGACUUUGCCGCUUCUUUUUCAAUUGUCUGAUAUAUCUUUCUUUGCUUUUUUGCUGUGAUUCAGGUUAUUUUGUUGAACAAGUGUGGGUGGAAUUGACGUGGUAUUUAUAAUUAAACCUGGUGUAUUGUUUCGUUGGAACGUCAUGCACAUUGUUUUUACGCACGGCUUUUUUUGUGUGAUUGACAGAAUGUCAAUGAUUAUAAAUUUAUAUUAAUUGUGUUUUUUACAAUUAGACAUCAAAUAUCUAUGAAACUAAAGAAAGAAUAUAGUGAAUUUGUAAGAUAUGGAUACUAUAAAAAUGAAUUUGAUGAUACCAAUGUCACCCAAACUUGUAAAAAAUUUACUUGCAGCUCACCAACCUGCAAAUACAAGCUUGCAACUGGCAAGUGCUCCAGUGAUAAUUGUACAAGAAGAACCUGAAAAUUCUUCAAAUUGGUAUCAAGUUCCAAACAGCGAUGUCCUUGUUAAAAAUGUAAAAUUAAAUCUUCCUGUUAGACAUGUUCAACAACCUUGCAUGUCUCUUAGAAAUAUUAGAAACCUACACCCUUCAAAUACGCACGUAUCUAAGAAAAGUAGUGAUCUGCAAGAAUCAUUAAGCAAUAUAGAAGUGUUAGAGGCUUUUUCCAAUACAAAACUGAUACAACCGAGUGCAACAAAAAUUUUAUCAUCUGGAAAGACAGCUACUAUACAAAAAAUAAUAGAAUCACUCCCACAGGAAAAUGAAUCGGAAACUGUAGAUGAAUCUAAAAAGCCUCCUCAUAAGAGAGGAGGAAAACCAUCAAAAAAUUGGAGAGACGCUAUAAAAGAUGCUCUUUACAAAUGUGAUAUAUGUGAUGAAGAGUUCAAAAAACGGUACUUAUAUCAAAGGCAUAUGCACGAACAUUCUCAAGAAAAACCUCACCAUUGUCCUAAAUGUUCUGCAUCAUUUAAUGUGCCAAUGAAUUUUACAUUACACAUGGCAACACAUAACAUUGGCGAACCAAAAUGUCCCAUGUGCAAUAAACGAUUUGCCCGCAUAGCUAGUCUUAAAGCGCACAUGGUUAUGCACGAGAAAGAUGAGAAUCUCUAUUGUCCCGAGUGUGAUGGUAUUUUUGAAACGAAGUCGCAGUUGGAAGCCCACAUGAAGCUGCACGAUACGGAGAAGUGGCCGAGCGAGGAUUUCCGCAAGUGCAAGCUUUGCCGCGCAAAGUUCACUCAUCCGGCGCUCUACCGACAACACUUGCGCGACCAUUAUAAAGUGCAAACGAAGAUUGAAAAGCUGACCAAACGAGGAGUCGUCAAGCAGAGGACCAUCAAUAGUUGUCGAAUCUGCGAAAAGUCGUUCGAGAAACCAAGUCAGCUGGCACGACAUUUGCGGGUCCACACCGGCGAGAAACCUUAUAAGUGCAAUCUGUGCAAUCGCAGCUUCACGCAGAAAGGCUCGCUGAAAAUUCACAUAUGGCAGCACGAAGGCAACAGGCCGCACAGCUGCUCGUUCUGCCGCGCUAAGUUCAGUCAAAAAGGCAACCUGAAUUCGCACAUUUUGAGAACGCACGUGGUUCGCGAAGGCUCGACGGUUUAUCGUUGCUCUCAUUGCCCGUGUGUGUUCAAAACCCUUGGCAGUGUGAACGGGCACAUCAAUCGAGUUCACGGCAAGGACAGGCAGCCGCGCAAGGAUGCCGAAAAUCAGGAGCAGGAGGAAGGCCAGGCUGAAGAAAACGAAGAAGAACGUGACCACGAGAUCCACGAGGUCAUGAAUCAGAUCGCCGAUCUUGAAUCCUGCCUGCAGAAUACGAGUCUUGCGAGGCGACCUGGCGAAGAUGAUAUUGUUUGCGAGAAUGGCAAUCUGCAGAAGAAAUUCAGUGCUACGACUGAAAGUGAUGCUAAUUUUCAGGAAGGCUUCGUCGUCACUGAUGAUAAUGAAAAGACGGCGAUGGUCACGGUUUUGGACGAGGCUUCUAGUGACAUAGAACGCAAGUACGUUAAGUUAAAGCAGCGAUAUGUAAAUAACUCUAGAGUCUACGAAUGCUCCUACUGUGAUAAAAUAUUCAAAAAGCCAUCGGAUCUUAGGAGGCAUUUACGAAUACACACAAGAGAAAAGCCCUUCAAAUGCAACAUUUGCAAACGAAGUUUUAGUUUGAAAUCAACAUUGGUGGCGCAUGAGCGUGUACACAAAACGGAAGAAAGAUUCAAGUGCCGAGUUUGUAAUGCCACUUGGAGAUCUCAAAGGCAACUCUUAGAUCACGAGAAAUUACACACAGAAAAUUACACGUGCGUCGUAUGCAGUAAGACAUUCACGAGUUUCAAAAUGCUAAAAGAUCAUUCGGCAGAUCACGAAUUUACCAAACCAAAGAAACAAGUCAGUGAGGAAGUAAAAAAUUUAGCUGGAAAAGUUCAAUUAAAGGAUCCACUUGAAUUGAAGGUAGCGAGUAAUGGUUUACUUCUAGCUGAGCCUAAAUAUCGAAACGACAUUAUCAACGGCAGAGGUAGGCCUCACAAAUGUCCAUCUUGUCCAGCUGCUUUCAUGAAGCUCAGCCAUCUGAAGCAGCAUCACAGAAGGCACACGGGCGAGAGACCUUUUGAAUGUUAUUUGUGCAAUAGAAAAUUUUCAACGACUAGUGCUCUCAAUGCUCACGGUCGGAUACAUGAUGCUACAAAACCUUUUGUUUGUCCAGUUUGCUCCAUGAAUUUCACAACUAACAGUAGUAUGAAGAGACAUUUAGUUACACAUACGAACAAGCGACCUUAUAUGUGCCCAUAUUGUAAUAAAACAUUUAAGACGACUGUUAGUUGUAGAAAACACAUUAAAGUUCAUAAACUUGAAAUAGCUGAGGAAGAAGUUAAAAGACAAAAACACGGAGAAGAAUCUUCUCUAAAAAUUAAUAAUGGAGGUGUAACUCUUCAACCUCUUUUGAUUGGGCCAAAGCAUAACUUAAACUCUCAACUUGAAGCAACCACCAAAGAAAAAAGUCGGUCUUACAUGUCUAUUUUGCCAACUUCGCAAAAUGUUGUAGCUAUAGGGCAAAACCUACCCACAAUAAACAACCCUAAUCUAGGUGCAGAUCAAAAUUUUCCUGCCAACGAAACAAGCACAGUUACAAUAGUUAAUUAUUCAAAUGAUCAAACUUUUACUCCUGACAGCAUAAAAACUUUACAAGACACGUUAAAUCAACAAUUACUUAAUAUUGACGUAAAUCUGGAAGUAAAGGAUAAUAAAGUAAUCGAAAAUCAAGCUUCAUUGGAUACUCAAAAUUCACCUAUUUUGAGUAUUAUUUAUAGCGAUGGGAAGACUUAUGAGUCUCAAAUCAAUACACCUGUAAGCAACUUCGUUCCUGAAUUAAAUACCUUUGAUAUUAAUGAAAUGACAUUACAGACAUUAAAGAAUGAAAUAGAAAUGAGAAUUACUCCAGCAACUUCGACAAAUAUGACUAAUAUAUUACCAAAUUCUAUUCAACGAAGUCCGACUUUAUGCACAACUUCAAUAUCUGACAAUAAUAAUCAAACAGUCAAUAUUUGUUCGACAAAAAGUAAUCAGUCUCCAAAAAAUCAAAUUCUAUUUGAAGAUAGCAAUCUUCAAUGUCAUAUGUGCAACAAACGAGAGUUUACUGCAGACAGUUUGAAAGAACAUUUAAAAACGCAUCAGAGUAGCAGAGAAUUCGAGUGUACGUAUUGCCUUUCAAAAUUUUGCUCAAAUGGCGGUUUGAGCAGACAUAUGAAAAUUCAUGAAACUCCCGAAACGCAUAAAUGUUACGACUGCAAUCAAGAAUUCUCCACAUCACGAGAAUUAACUGUACAUAUUAAAGAGCACGUCAGGCAAGAAUUGGAAUUGAAAAACGCUAUAGGUCCUAAUGAAACUAUAGAUGUUGGAUUAAAAGAUAUAAAACCAGAAAAAAAAAGCAAUCAGUGUACGUAUUGCUCGAAAAUUUUUCGUAAACCGAGCGAUCUUAAAAGACAUAUUAGAACACAUACCGGUGAACGACCGUACAAAUGUCCGUAUUGCGAUAAAAGCUUCGCCGUUAAAUGUACGUUGGAUUCUCACGUAAAAGUACACGACGGUGUAAAAAAAUUUCAUUGUUACGUAUGCAGUAACGUGUUUGCAACAAAAGGCAGUCUUAAAGUUCAUAUGCGACUGCACACAGGUGAUAAACCAUUUAAAUGUGAUAUGUGCGAUACGAGAUUCCGUACUUCCGGACACCGGAAAGUCCAUAUGGCUUCCCACACACGUGAAUCCGUCACAUCAGUGCGUAAAUCACCAAAGCAAAACCUAAACUCGCCAAAUUCAACUAUCGAGGUAUCUCAAAAAAAUGUAUCGCCUCAAAUGAUAGUAUCUCCUGAACUCUUGUCAAAUCAAUAUCAAAUUGACAAUCAAACGAUUGCCAACGAUCAGAAUCAAUUCGAUAACUUGACAAUUGAUCAAACUCUCAACACUAUAACGUUGAAUUCAGUUAAUGACCAGAUUACUUUCAAUACUGAUGGAGCAAUAUUAAACAACAGUUCGGGUCUUUUAAAUCUGAAUGAUAACAAUCAAUUAGCUGCAAAUUUACAGUACUUUUUGACGAACGGACUUGUUUCGGUGCGAAUGGAUGAUUCUACAAUUAACACUCAAUUACCUGUGCCAAUAGUCGACCUUAUUCCUGAGGAAUUUAGCGAGAUUAAUGCAAACGAUGCCCAAAAACAAAUUUCUGAUUCACAAAUUGUUAUCGUGCCCGAAACUUUCAAUUCAGAUUCCGGGUUAACAAAUGUUAACAAUUUUGAUUUGGAAAAUUGUUUAGUUCUUCACUUAGACGAUAAUGGUGCUAUGUCGUAUCCCAUCAAAGAGAAUGUUAAAACUCCAAAACAGCCGAAAACGUCAAAUAUUACAAUGAAACGUCAAUGCGAUAUUUGUGGAAAAACGUUUUCUAAGCCAUGUCAAGUCGAGCGGCACAAGCGCAUUCAUACAGGCGAACGACCCUUUAAAUGUAAGCUCUGCGACAAAUGUUUUGCUCAAAAGUCAACUCUAAAAAUGCAUCUGAAACACCACACUGGAGAUCGUCCUUAUCCUUGUCCGCAAUGCGAACGUUCCUUCACUCAGAGUGGAAAUUUACAAACUCAUUUAAAACGCGUCCACAAGCUUGAUUCUACGGACAUCAAGCAUUUGGCUAAACAACAGAAUAUUAAUUAUGAUACGACUCUUGAUUUUGUUGAUUUUUCAUUUGCGGAUUUGUUGAAGUAA